AUGUAUCGGGGUGGGAGGAGACAGUUUCGGCGUUGACUUUAGUUUAGUUGCGAGCGUCACGGUGUGUAUUGAAGACCGGGACAUGGUCUGAAUGGCUUUCUUUACAGUCACUGGAGGAAGUUUUCGUUCAUCGAACACCAGAACGAGGCAUGGCUGGGAAGCCUUUCCGAGCCACCUACAUCUGGACCAGCAUCAUUUCGAAUCUGCAUACUCGCGUGGAGGUCAAGCGUCGGCGUCACAACCUGAAGUCUUACCAUGACUGUUUCUUGGGUUCAGAGGCAGUGGAUGUGGUGCUGGCACACAUCACCCUCAACCGUUUUUUUGGAGAUGAAGCAGUAGCCCGCUAUAAAGCUGUCAAACUUUGUCAGGCGCUCAUGGACUCAAGGGUAUUUGAGCCGGUGGGAAUUAAAGUAUUUGGGAAGGAAAAGAAGAAAACUACAUUUGAGGACAGCAGUUUCAGUUUAUACAGGUUCCUGAGUCCAGAAAACAACUCGUCUUCUACGCUGACUGGCACCAAUUCCCUUUCCACUAAUACCAUUGAGAGUGGCUAUGACUCACCGAGCAUUGAAAGAAACACAAAGGGCUAUAGUCCUCUACGGGAAAGGAAAGAAGCGCAAACAACAGACAAAUCACUUGAGGACGUGCUGGGAAACCUCAACCUCAGCUCGACGAUUACCCCUCAGAUGAUCAACCUCGGCCUCUCGCAAGAGCUUGUAGAUGAAGUGUGGCACCAGCAGGCAGUGUUCAGACUGUUGCAGUUAAUAGAGCUCCCCCUGUUGGAGAGUUUGUUAGAGGGCAAGGAGACAUCGAGGCGUGCCCUACAUGGCAUGGACAGCGACCCGGACCUGUUGUAUACAUCAAGCUACCUAGACAGAGAGGUUCUGAAGGCCUUCAGUGAGGCUCAGGCUGAUGAGUGGAUGUCAGGAGCAGUGGACUGUCUGGAGUUUCUGCCUGAUGACCUGGUGGUGGAGAUCAGCCGAGGUCUGGCCGCCUGUGGAGACGACCUGAUCCGGUGUAAAAGACUACUGUAUCAAGUCCUGACUAAGCACUACGGACACACACAACAGCCACCUCUGCUUAGCAACCAAAUUUUCGAUAUCCACUGUGGCAUUUCUGAACUACUCGUGAACGGGAAGCGAGAGCAAGCUGUGGAAGCGCUCCAGCUGAGCCUGAAGCUGCAGGACUCUCGCAGCAGGGAGGAGCUGCGUCGGCUCCUGAGAUUCAUGUCUGUUGCAGCCAAACCGGAGGAGGUCAAACUGCACAAAGAGAUUGAGAACCGAAUGGCAGUGAAAAGGUCUUUCUCACGUGCCAUCGUCUACAGCAGAAGACUCGCCAAAGGAAAGGUGGACUUGAUGGUUCUGUUCAUGAUGGAUAACCACUGUGAUCUGUUCAAAAUUCCUGUCUCACUGCACAAGAUGGUUAGUGACAGAAUAACGAAUAUUGUGAAAGGGAAGGAUCCAGAUAUGUUGACAGGAUCAGCGUACUCAACAAGAGUAAGCACUGAGGUGUAUUCACAAAACGCACGAAAAACCACUAAAGAGGAGCUCGUGUCUUUAUUGCGGACAGUCCACGAGAGCCCUACGCUCUCUGAUAAAGAAAAGAGACGGCUGCUUGGACAGUUUUAUAAAGGCCAUCCGGAGAUAUUCGUUCAGUACUUUGGAAAUAAAUUGUCCAGUAUCAACAUGUUGUUACAAUAAUAUUUAUUAAUUUAAAAAGACCAUAUACUAUAAGGUAAAGAAGAAAAAAGCCAAUGCAAUCCAGAUGAUGUGAAAACAUCCAUGUCAGCGAGUGGAUUUUAUUUAGACUACUGAACGCAAAUGUGAAUUUUAAUAAUCUUAAUUAUUUAAGGAACUUGACAUUUUCUUUUGGUGCAGGACGCUAACAUGAAGUUUUAAAUGAAACUGUUACUUUCCGAGAAAGACAAAAAGAACCAAGUGUUCUUUAGUGAUUUCCCCCCCCCCCCCGCUCCCUUUUCUCACUGCAAACCAUCUUGAUGGCUUGAUGUUUUGUAGGCAGAAAAGGGCAAAUCUGCUUGCCAGAUUUUUAUUUUUUAAAGAUGUAAAUGUUCCGUGUGUUUGUGCAAUAGAAACAGUGUUACCAGUCAAAAUGUUCUCAAUGCGAUGUACAGUAUAGCUUUGUGUAAGUAACCCUCAAACGGAAAUUUGAAACUGGAAAUUUGAAAGUCUGAUGUUGAACUGUAGUAAACAAUAAGACGCAUUCAUGAGCAUCAACCCUCUGGGUUUUUGUUUGUCGCAUCACAUCAACAAAACAGAUGUUUGUGCUUUUUUUUUUUUCUUUUGUAACUGAAAACCUUAGCUCCAUUUUAGUGGCAGCUUCAAUGCCUUUUAAGUAAGGUUCAAUAAAACCCUCUGCACGAGACAAGGAAAUUGCUUCCAUAUUUCUAUGGAACACUAUAUAAACUUAAGAAGGAUCUAAAAUUUGUAGAUUCCACACAAAAUGUGUUUAAAUGAAAAAAAUAAUUUGCCACCAGAAUGCUGAAAAACCCAUCAGUGUUCCAGUUGUUAGUUUACUUUAACAAAUUAUUUUUGUUCAACAGACCGUUGCAUUCAUUUUUUUUAUUACUUGACUGACUGAAAUCUAAUGUUGCUUUCAGCUGAGUUUAAGAGGAAAUGUGAAACAGUUUUCAUCCUGUUUGUUAAAUAAGAAAGUGAAUGUUACAGAGUCCUGAGAUAAUUUGAAGCUAGAACACUAAAUCACAAAACUAAAAUAUCUGUAAUAAAUUGAAACUACUAAAAGCUGUAAGAGAAGACCGACAACUACUUUACUUUAUAUGCGUUAUUUGCAUCAUAUGCAUUGUUUUUGCUUCUGUAAGAAUUUGUGUCGUAUGGAUUGGGCAGAUUGUAUGUUGCUAAAGAGCAUACAAAGCUGUGCUAGGUAGAGAAAAUUACCUUCUGAGCACCAUGUGAAAACAAGUAGCUGG